CCCCACCCCGAUGACAUGAGACCUCCUCCGGGCUGGAGACCCCCUGGCUGGGGUCCUGAACGUCCCCCUGAGCUGUGGGGGCCAGAGCCUGUUCCACCAGCACCAGUACUGCCUGUACCACCGAUCCCCCGGACCCCGCAGCCUACGGACCGGUGCCCAUCCCUCCCAUCCCCCUCCAGCCUGCGUGCCUCCGCUGGGGUACCUGAGCUACCCUCCGCCCGGCUGGACCGGAGAGACCGUUGUGGAAGAGGUGAUGCUCAACCCACCGCCUGAUCAGCCUGAAUGGAUCAAAGCCCUAAUUUCAGCUCCAGUUUCUGAGUCGACUCCGGGGGAAACAAAGAAUCCCACAGAGGAUCUGGCCGUCACUAAAACGCCGUCGGCUGACCACCCUUCUGCCCAGAAACCCAAACCUGAUCCCACCAAGACCAACAGAGCUCUGGGCCUGCUGGGGAAACGCACAUUUGAUAAGCCUCCUCCUGGUCGGUCCACAGGGAUCAUCUCCUUCAUCGGGCCCACCUUCGGCUACAUCGAGAGAGAAGAUCUGGAGAAGUUCACCUUCAGCUUCGCCGCCUUCUUUGGAAACCCCAAAGCCAUGACGCCCGGGGUCAGAGUUCACUUCACCGCCUGCAAGGAGAAGCAGAACGGUUUGAUAGCGACGGACGUGAAGGUGGCUCCUGGUGGAACCGAGAACGUGGACACGGAGAUCUUCGAGGCGGUGGUCAGUCAGCCCAUCGCCGAGCCUCAGCCCGGCGAGCGCCAGUACCCGGGUCAGGUCCACGUGGACAUCGGGCCGCUGAGGACCAACCUGACGUUCGACAGGAAGGACAGCACGGUGACGCUGCUGAAGGACGACCAGGUGCUCAUCAACCUGCUGACCGACAUCGUCAGCGAGAAGAGGAGAGCCACCAACAUCAAACCCCAGAUCCCCUCCACCUUCAGCCACACCAAGGAGAUCAGAGAGAAGGGACUCAUCAUCAUCCUGAAGGACAGUGAAGGUGUCAUCAAGUGUGACGAACAAGGCGAGCUCCCCUUCAGCACCAGAGAGAACUUCAGCGACAUUGAGUUCACCGCCGAGGACAUCAACGAGGAGGUGGAGUUCACCGUCUUGACGCUGAGAGGAGGGAAGAGGGCCAUCCGGAUCCGGCGGGUGAAGGAGCCCCUCCUCCUGACGCUCUCUGCCGCCACAGCCGCCGCUGAGGAAGCUGCCACCCAUAGCGCCGCCAGUGACGAAGACCUUUGGCUGAAUGGGAAGGCCGGCGUCAGGCCGGAGCUCGGUGUCAACAUGAAGCUGGACACGGAGCUGUACGAGGGCAUCGUCAGCCAGCCAAUCAUAGAGCCCACGCCCAACAUGCAGGGUUACCCGGGUCAGAUCCACGCCAACAUCGGCCCCCUCAAGACCAACGUGACCUUCGACCAUCGGGACUGCGGCGUCACGCUGCUGAAGAACGACCACGUGUUGAUCAACCUGCUGGUGGACAUCGGCACCGGGAAGAGGAGGGCGGCCAACAUCAAACCCAAAAUCCCCUUCACCUUCAGCUACACCAAGGAGAAGAGAGAGCUGGGCAUCAUCACAUUUCUGGGUCCAGAAGAAGGAAUCGUCAACUCCGAGGAGCACGGUGAGCUUCCUUUUGACAUCUGUGAGAACUUCAGCGAAAUCAAGUUCAACAGCAGCGACAUCCACAAGGAGGUGGAGUUUACGGUCGCCAUGGUGAAGUCGGACCGGAGAGCCAUCAGGCUGUUGAGGACCAAGAGGGUUGAGGAUCAAAUCCUACAGGAGCAGAAGAGACGGGAGGAGGAGGAGAAGAGGAAGAGGAGGGAGGAGGAGGAGAGGAGGAAACGGGAGGAGCAGGAGAGGAAGAGGAGGGAGGAGGAGGUGGAGGAGCAACGGAGAGAGGCAGAGAGGAAGAAGAGGGAGGAAGUAUCGGCGGCGUUGGCAGCGGCUAAAUGCAAAUGGACGCCGCUCGGCGUCAAAGUAAGAAGCCCCGACACGCUGGACGACCUCAGCAAGGAGCGAUUCCAAGGCACCGUCCUCAAAGCCAUUUCCAAAUAUCCACGUAAGGAGAUCAAGAAGGAGCCCGAGGAGAACAAGGAUCAACAAGGAGGUGGACAGGUCAAAAUUAAAGAGGAGAAAAUUGAUGAAGAUGAGAAGGAAGAUGCAGAAGGAAAACCAGAAGGAGAUGAGAGAAAGAUGGAGAUGAAGGAGGAGGAGGUGAAGGAGAAGCAGCAGGCUUCUCAAGCUGCAGGAGGAGCAGCAGUGAAAGCGGACCCAGAGAUGGGUCGACUGGUGAUGACCAUCGACGGUCAACAGAAGCUGCUUCCCUUCGGACCCAACGACCUGCUGAGCACCGCCACCAUGCUGGACGGAGACAAGGUACGCUUCAACGUCGCCACCCAUGGAGAGACCAAAGAGGAACGAGCGACCUUCGUGGAGAUCCUCCCCGACUCCUUCGAGGAGUCCAUUGAGCAACGUCGCCACGGCAUCGUGAUCGAGUUCUCUCACGACUCCGGACUCAUCAAGUGUGCUCAGAACCCUCAGCUCUACUUCCACAUGUCGGAGGUGAUCGAGAAGAGGAGACUGGAGCUGAACGAGAAGGUGGAGUUCAGCGUCGUCCCGCAUGAGACGGCGGAGGGGGGGAACCAGGCCAUCAGGAUAAAACGUUUCACCGAGAGCGUUUUCCUCGCCGUUCGGAAACUGGGUGGUGUCGGGUUGAAUAAAGGAAAGAUGACCAUCAAGCUGGCAAAAACAGAAGACACUGAGAAAGAAAAGCCAGAGACAGACAAGCUGAAGGCCGUGGUGAAAAAUCUUAGAACGCAGGACAGCAAGACCAGCACUGGCAGAAGGGAUUACGGUGCCUCUCAGCGUAAAUAUGGCCGGAGCAGAAGUAGGAGCAAGAGUCCGAGUAGGAGUAGGGCCAGGAUCAGAAGUAGGAGCAAGAGUCCGAGUAGGAAUAGGGCCAGGAUCAGAAGUAGGAGCAAGAGCCUGAGUAGGAAUAGGGCCAGGAGUAGAAGUAGGAGCAAGAGUCCGAGUAGGAAUAGGGCCAGGAGUAGAAGUAGGAGCAAGACUCCGCCCAGAGACCAGUUUGGACGUAUCAUCAAAAAGAGACGCAGCACCAGCGCUGACCGUGACCGUAAAGGAAGCACGUUCAGGCGAAGCCCAAGCCGAGAGAUACCAAACCGGCCCGUCAAGAGCCGCACUAAGAGCCACAGCAAGAGUCGCAGCCGAAGCAAGAGUUCCAGCAGGAGUCGCAGCAGGAGCAAGGAGAGAAGCAAGGACAGGGCAAUCAAGAAGAGGAGCAAAAUCAACAGAGAGCGCGAUGAAAGUCACAAGAGGAGGAGGGAGCUUAGCCCUCCUCCCAGACGCGGCGGAGUCGUGGACGACGAGCUCGCGAGGAAGAAGCGGGAGCUGGAGGAGCUGAACGACAUGAUUGCCUACAAAAAGUCUCUGGUGGACAUAGACCCUGGACAGAGGACCUGCAUAGACUAUGAUCACGGCCGGAUUGCCGUCCCUCUCACUGAAUACAAACCAGUCCGGUCCAUCCUGAAGAAACGACCAGACGGAACCGAUUACCACCAUCGUUCUUCUCAGCCCUACGACGAUCCUUAUUAUGACCGGCCAUACAAUCCUUACCAAGACCGGCUGUAUGGCGAGCGCCCCGGUGAUCCGUAUGCCGGUCGUUCUUCCGCUGAUCGUCCUUAUGGUGAGCGCCCCUACAGUGAUCGCCCUUAUGAAACCCGUCUCUAUGGUGAACCCUCCUAUGUUGGCCCUCCGUCUGCCAGCCAACGUUACACUGAUCGCUACGAUGUUUAUGACGAACCGUAUGACGAUCGCUACUAUGACCCGGCAUAUGCGGACCGACCUUACGAUGAUCCAUAUCGCCCUGUCAAACAGAGCCAGUCUCCACAACCCCAUGGACCCUCACCUUCUUCUCAGCCUGCCCAAGUUCCUUCUGCCUCCACCCAACCUCCCUUGAUGAAUACUGCUGCAACCUCAUCUUCCCAACCCUCCCUGAGACCUCCUUCUCCCACAGAACCGCCUCCUAGAAGCCCCUCUCCCACACUGAAGAACACAACUCCACGCCAGGCACCUCCACCUGUGAAGCCGCCCCUCGAUCGCUUCCUCGACAUGCUUAAUAAAAAGGUGGAUGCUGAAAAGAAAUCGGAACCGGUUUAUGUAAAUGAUGACCUUCUGCCUCAUGAGCGGGCACUUCAAGAUGGCAGUGGUUUCUCUCGUAUUGUGGGAUUGGCUCAAGAGCAACCCAGCAGCAGUCUAGCUCUAGAUGGGAAAAAUACACAGAUAAGCCCCAAAAGAUCUUCAGUGGAGAGAACAAGUGAGGAACCAAAGAACAAGACAGAACCCUACGACAAGAUCCAAAGUCUACUCCGUACAAUUGGUCUGAAGCUGAGUACAGGAGAUAUGUCCAAACUGGCAAGCCGAGCCCAGGAGAAAAUAUACAGCCCGAAGUCCUCAUCCUUGGAAAGAGAGACCAUGUCAUCCUCAAGGGAAGAACGGCAAACAAGUAGAACCAGUUCCGUUGAAUUGGAUCACAUCUAUUCCCCCUCGCCUACUAGGUCGUCCAGUUUGGAGCCACUCGGCAGAUCGAAAGCUGUCUCUGAGUAUGAAGGAUUCCUGGACCAGCAGGAGCUGGAGGUGCUACAGAAGGCACAACAGCAGCAGAGUCUUACCAGGACAAUGGGGAGCACACCCUCCACCACAUCUCCUCCAACAGCUCCUCCUGGGCCUCCGCCUGCCCAAUACCAACAUCCUCCCCCACCAAUCAACUGGCCCCUUGGAGUCACAACCCAGAUUCCUCCAGAGCAGAGCUCCACAACCCCCAGCAUGGUUUCUCAAGUUUCUCCUGCUGCUGGUCAACCACCCCAGAGAUUUGGACUUCCUCCAGGACCUCCUCCUGGACCUCCACCCCGGCGUCCUGCACAGCCUCCUCCAGGACCUCCUCCUGGACCUCCGCCCCAGCAACCUCCUGGACAAUCUCCUUUUGCUCCACCCUUCAGUCAUGAAGUGUUUCCUUUUAUUGGCCAACCUCCAUCAGCACCAGCCCUGAACUCCUCCAGUCCUUUGCAGCCUUUAAUCACUGCCACAGUAUCACCCCCACCAUCAACAGCCACAACAUCAAGUCCAGCAAACGUUAACCAAUCAACCAUCUCUACCACAGUGGCCAGAUGCCUGAAGGUCAUAGAGACGGUGAAAUCUCUGGCUGUCCAACCACCAGCCAAACCGGUCAAAUCAGUCCAGUUCAGUUUACCCACAGUCUCUCCAUCAGCCUCCAGUCAUCAGACCUCAACAGAGGCUGAUGAUGAAAUAAAGAACAAGCAGAAGGAGAAGCUGGAUUCAUAUAACCAGAGGGUUAUAGAAAAGAGGGAGCAGUACUACAAGGAUUGGCUCAGCCGCAAGAAUCAGAGUGGAGAGUGGAAGGACGGCAUGCGGAUCUUCCCAGGCAUGCCGAAUGCCAGCGAGCCCAAGAACGUUUGGAUCUGUGGUCAUUCGCUGGUGUACUGGGCAGAGUCCCGGGCCAAGUCUCCGGAGGUAGGUAUGCAGCUGGGCAUGGACCCCAGCAAGGUGACCAUCUGGUGGAAGGGCACCCAGGGCAUGACGUGGUCUCAGCUGCUGCCCCAGCUCCACCAGCUGAAGGUCACCUGGCCCAACCCAGACGUCCUCAUCAUGCACCUGGGCGGCAACGACCUGAGCACCGACAGCCCCACCGACCUGCUGGCCUCCGUCAAGAAGGAUCUGACCUCCAUGAGGAGCAUCUUCCCACAAUGCAUCCUGGUCUGGUCCAACAUUCUCCCUCGGAGGGUGUGGCGCCACUCCACCGAUAACCACGAGGUGGAUCUGGUCCGAACCACAGUGAACCGCAGGAUCCAGAACAUCAUCUCGGAGCUGGGCGGCACCUCGCUGACCCACGACAACAUUAGGUGCGGCACAAACACGGGCCUGUACCGGGCCGACGGCGUCCAUCUGUCCCCCAAAGGCAUCGACGUUUUCAACCUGAACCUGCAGGAUUUUCUGGAGAAGUGGGAGAUGGAGCUGACCUAGAGAAGAGUUCAGAGGUGGAUCCGUUAUUCUCUGCUUUUAUGUUGUCUUUUAUUUCUAUAUGUCUAUAUUACAUGCCUCCUGUGAAGUGUCCUGACUAGUCUGUAGUUUUAUCUCAACGCGUAGGAACUCUGCUCUUUAAUGAAACACGUUUGUCUGCAUUGAAACAAUAAAUUGAAUAUCAACUGA